AUGGCCGGCCGGCAGGCACAGGUGUUCAUGGUGGACGCUGACGGCGGCGGUGGUGGUGACCAGUACCUACCCAGCACGCAGCCCCAGGAGCUGGGCAUCGGGGGCCUCGGGGGGGGCAUGGUGCCCUGCUGGACCUUCCCUCCAGCCCCCUGGGGGGAGGAGAAGAAGAGGCGGCGGCGCUGGUGCUCCAACUCCAGCCUGGUGACGGUGCUGGUGAUGCUGCUGGGCCUGGUGUUCGCGGCGCUGGCACUCGGGGCUUACCAGAUCCAGAGGCUCAAAUCCGACAUGCGGGAGAUGACCACGGCUAAGGAGACAGAUGGCGGCGCACACAGCAUUUCACCUCAAGCUCAAAUUGCACCCACAGCUAGCACCCACAGCCACCAACACGGCCAGUGGACACUGCAGUGGGAAUCCCAUGCAGCCACCGCGUUCACCAAAGGAGUCCUGUACCACAACAACGGCAGCCUCCACAUCAACCGCACUGGCCUCUACUUUGUAUAUUCCCGCAUCGAAGUCCUGGACAAUUCCUGUCAGAAGAAGAUGAACUUCUUACACACAGUGCGAAGGGGGGAAGGUGGCUCGGUGCUCAUGGAGGGCCACAAGGUGGGCGUCUGCAACUCGCAACAUCGUAAACAGGAGACGACGGGCAAGCGUGGUGGUGGUGGAGGGGAAGUGUGGACAUCCGAGAGCUACCUAGGGGCGGUGCUGCAGCUCAAGGAGGGAGAUUGGAUAUACGUCACCGUGAAUUAUCCAGAAAUCAUCAGCAAAAUGAGUGCUGGGAAUUACUUUGGACUUUAUCAGAUUGAUGUCUGAUUGUGGACUUCACUGACUGGUUAUUUGAUUUCUUUGUUCAUAAAUGAGAGACAUAGCCAACCAGUUUGCUUUAUGUUACAGUUUUUUUCAAUUGCUAACAAGCUUUUGUCCAAACCUCAGCGACAUUUGCAAAACUCUUAAUACAUUUAACACACCAAGGGCUUUCCAUUGCCAUACAGUUGACACAUUACAUGCCUUUUUCACACAAUUAGCAGUCAAUGAAUGCAUUCCUUUGUGUAUAUUUAACAGUGUGAUUUUGAGAAGAAAAUUAACUGUUUGGACAAUUGUGCUUGGUAGGUGGUAGUCUGUGUUAAGAGUUAAGAAAAAGUAUCCAAAGUAUGGGUAAGCGCUUGUUAGCAAUUAAAAAAUCUGUAAUGUGUACUGGCAUUAGCAUUUGGUGAGAUCAGAGUAGCAUCAGAGUAGCAGAAAAGAUCGUAGAGUGCGUUCCCAAUAUGCAACCUUGCCUCCUCCACUUGUGCUUGUCUCCUCGUACCGGGAAGUAAUAUGUCAUGAUGACAUCACUGAUUGACAUUAUAUUUCAAUAUCUUGCAAAAGCUCAAUUGUAGAGUCUUUUUCUCAUUUGCAAUUGGGAUGAAAUGAAAUGGAAAAACAGUCCCUCAAAAGUUGUUGUGGCUACGCUGACAGCUGGGAAACUUUAUUGUUUUCUCCACGGAGGAGGGGCCAGGAGGCGGGACGAGGAGACAAGCACAAGUGGAGGAGGCAAGGCCGCAUAUUGGAACGCACUCAUACUUGUAUACUAGGUCGCUUAUACCCGCUUUGCUUCUACGGGCCUAAAGUUCCAGUGAAUGAGCAAUUGAUGGAAUGCUAGAAAUAGAACAACUGGAACUGUGCAAUUUAAACGGGACUAUGCGGUGUAAGUCUGUGGAGAAAAUGAAUGUAUUUUGUACGCGCCUAUGCACAAACAUGGAGAGAGUGAUGUCAUCACAUAUGUGACUUUACAAACAGACCAAAUGAGAUGACUGGAACACUAAAGGGCUAUUGACUGAAAACAUAACUUAUUUAUAUAUUUAUUUUUAAGACUUUUUUAAAAACGUUUUUUUACUCUUGUGAGCAUAUAAAAUUAAAAUAAACAUGCAUUCAGAGGGAAUGGUAUGUUGUGAAUGAAAUGAUGAAUGCCUGUUGCAAAAAUAGUUUUGCUGCAAUAAAACCAUACUGAGGA